AUGAAUUACUGUCCAAUUGCUGAAGAUGCAAUGCCAAAACAGUUAACAUGGGGUCAUGAAAAGGAAAAGAAAGCACUUGAUCUCUACAUUAAAAAACAAAAGAGAAACCAUGAGAAGUUGUCAAUAAAAAACAGUGGACUAAUAGUAAACACACUAUGGCCCUUCUUGGGAGCCAGUCCUGAUGGUGUUAGGAUUUGUGAGUGCUGUCAGAAGAAGUUAAUUGAAAUUAAGAGCAUGUAUGCAAAAAGAAAUCUCCCUCCACAGGUUGCAGCUGAGGAGAAGCUCGUGUUUGUUGGUGACAAAUAUAUACUAAAAAAAGAAACAAAAUGGAACUAUCAAAUUCAGGGUCUGAUGGGAAUAACAGGGAUUCAUUGCUGUGAUCUAGUUAUUUAUACCUUCAAAGGAAUAUUGAUUGUCAAUGUCAAGUUUGACAGUGAGUUGUGGAACAAAAUGCUUGAGAAGCUGAGAAACUUUUUCUUAAAGUACAUAGUUCAGGAACUCUUUCACCAUGACAUACUUAAAUCAUUAUAA